CACCUCAGGCGACUUAUCCUGGUUCAUGGUCAUUGGAACUACUACCGCAUCAGCAUGACAGCGAAUAUCUUCUACUUCAAGAACGUGGCCUUCGUUGUGGUCCAGGUGUAUCAAAUGUUCUAUGACGGCUUCUCUGGACAAUCCCUCUUCGAUAGCCUCCUCUACACUCUCUACAAUUUGACUUUCACUUUCCUUCCGCCCCUCAUUUUCGGAAUGACGGAACAACACCUGUCUGCAAAUGAUCUCCUGCGUCGGCCAUACCUCUACCGCCUGAUGAGCCAGUCGUCAAACCUUCGGUGCUGGUACAUCCUCCUUUGGGUUAUAGACGGUUGUUGGCAUGGAUCCGUUGUCUAUUUCGUCUGCUACUACGUCUUGUGCGGGGGUAUGCUGUAUUCGGACGCAACCUUCUUCCAAUCCGGAGUCUCUUAUUCUGCGGUUGACUUCGAACUCUUUGGCAAUGCAAUUUUCAUCUACCUUGUGGUGACAUGCAUUAUGCACAAUAUUGUUUUGUCUCGUCAUCUCAACCUCAUUCUCGUUGUUGGUCUGUUUCUCACGGGUGUCGUGAACCUCGCUAUUAUGUUCUUUUACCAGUCCAUCGCCACCCCUAGUAGCCGUAUCUACAUGAAUUACGUCUACCUGGGAUCGUGUCCGGUGUUUUGGCUGUGCCUGCCGCUGGUCACUGUGCUCGCCCUCCUGCCAGACAUCCUGUGGCGCAUCAGUUCCGACGCCUGGUGGGACUACCAGAUCGCUCUGAGCGGCGUCAAGAGGAUGCGGGAGAAAAGGAGUCGCAAGGCCUGGCGUCAGUUUGUCGGUCGUAGAAAUUCGAGUGACUGA